AUGGGGACACUGCCUCCGACUCCGGGGGCUGUGCCCGCUAUUCGACCUGUGCCCAUGGAAAAGAACUAUUCGCUCUCACCGUCGGAGCUACCGACGCCCCCUGACGACGUGAACCUCGCUGUGGCACCAUCCCGCUCGCCCCUGCCAGGGGCCCCAGGCUGGAUGGCGCCACCAGUGGACCGCAAGUCCCCACUCAUUACGCCGGCCUAUCGCGCGGAGCUUCCGCGUCACACGCCCCUGUCGUAUAUGCGGCUGCGGCCUUACUCCGUCGGUGGGUCGACCUUCCAGCUGUCCGCCGAGCGGCAAGGCACGACUGAGCCGGCCGACGACACGGACAUGUCGGUCGAUGACGUGUUUGCGGUGUCGGGACAUGCGGAUGAUCGCCGCCUCCGGACAAUGGACCUGGCCUCGGAUGUUGACGAUGCGCCAGUCAGCCCAGCGCUGGCCAAACAUGAUACGGAUGACUCGGUGCCCUCGCUCGAGAACAGUUUUGCGCGCUCAUUCCCUGAGAGCUUAGCACGCUCUCCUCUUCCGCGCCGCGCCUCGCACCGAAGCGUGGACUCCUCUGCACGCACCAUGACGCCGGCUGGUCCGUCGCGCCGCGCACCGUACAAUGUGCCGUCUCGUUCUCCUGGCUCGUUUGGUCCGCUAAGUCAUGCAUAUGCCAUGAACAUGACGCCGUCAAGCAAUCGCCCGGCGCGCCUGGCCUCAUGGGCCGCCUACUCACGGCCUGCUAUGAUGUUGGGCCCCAGCAUGUCGGCGCCUAUGACGACGUUCUCCAGUGUGUAUGCGACAUACGACGACGAGGAGACCGACGACGAAGUGUCGGCUGUGGACGAUGACGCAACCGACGACGAAACGGAAGGGAGCGGGUCCCGCCAUUCCCGCGGUGUUCCGAUGCGCCGGGCGCCCUUCAACGACUCGUACGGCUCCAUGACACGCUCGGUGCCUGUGCGGACGUACGGUGCCUUUUCGCAUUCGCCCGACGAAAUGUCGCGUGCGCAGGUCCAUAUGGCUGUGGCAGCGCUCGACCGGCUAUCCAUGACGGGCACGCGCAUGGACGACGAGAAGAAGAGCGUCUCGCGCGCGCACAUUGACGAGAACGACGAGGUAGCUGCGAUCCGCGACCGUUUGGGUGGUGCAGCACAUUGCUCAGCCUUUAUUUCCAAGCUGUGGCAUCUCAUGAUUAAUCCAGACAUCUACGGCAAGUACAUCCACUGGAACGAGGCAGGCGACGCCAUUAUUAUCAACAGCGAACCCGAAGUCGCAGCCGAGUUUGCGGCAGAGGUGCUGCCGAAGCUGUUCAAGCAUGGAAACAAUGCCUCGUUUGUGCGGCAGCUCAAUCUAUACGGCUUCCAGCGCGUGUCCUCCUCACGCUUGCUCGAUGCAGCUGAGAUGCAUGCUAUUGCGACGCGUGGCACUACGUCGGUAGGCAGCCAGGCGAGCACGACUUUGCGCACCCCCGCUUCCGACGGGGACAAGAAGCGUGGCUCGUGA